GUCCAGACGGCGGACGAAGAGGAUCCCAGCCUGCUCUCCAUCUAUCUCUCUCUCCCCCUCUGUCAUUUCAGUUGUCUGUAGGAACCCCGUUUUUAUCUAAGAAAGGAAAUUCGCAGUUUUAACUCGAUAGUUGAACCAAACGUUCGAGAUGAAGGGACUGCUCCUGUUAGUGCUGAUAUCCUGGGACUACACCUCAGCUGCGACAACUCGGGGUGUCUCGAACGAAGACAUCAGAGAUGCGAUCCUCUCGCUGAUCCACAUGUUCCGCGACAGCACGGACAAGCUGGAGAGACACGAGUACCGGGAGAGAGUGUUGGGAGAUCACCUGAAGAAGGCGCUGUCUGCCCUGGACAAGCGACAAAGGUCACUGGAACACAACACGGAGGUCAUCGGAGCUGCGGUCACCAAGCUGGACGAGCGACUACGCGAUCUGGAGGGGAAACUGGACAAUCAGAACAACGAACGUGACAAGACAGUAUACACUGUGGACACAAUGCAGGGUUCCAUACAGGGAUGGAUGAGCAACAUGGAGAACAUGGUCCAUAACAUGUCGUCCAGGGAGUCAGGGGGAAGAGUAGACGCUAUGGAGGCAGCUCUUAGUGCUAGAGUGGACAACCUUGCAUCAGCAGUGGAGAGGUUGGAGGUUCACUUAUUGAGGCCGUCAUCGACAGCGGUUGGACCAGCAGACCUGGAAGGAUUGUUAAGAAACAUGGAGAAUCGACUAUCAAGACUUCAGGUGUCUCCUACUCAAGACUAUUCAACAAUACAGUCGGCUCUAGACGGACAGGGGAGAUCUCUAGCAGAGCUGAAGGAGAUGACGAACACAGCAACUCGUGCUCUGGAGGAACUAGCAACAAGAGCUGAAGUGGUUGGACUGAUGAACUCAACACGUGACGAGCUACAAGAGAUCAAGUACGAGUUAUCAGCUAGUUCUGACAAGGGCUUUAUGCGCCUCGAGCACAAGAUGGACGACACACACAAGUCUCUUACCUCGGGACAAGAAGAUCUCCACAAGACAAUGACCGACGCGAGCGUCAUGGCGGAGGCUUUCUACGGUGAUGUCCAGAAGAGCUACGAACAAUUGCUCAAGGAGGUGAAAGGUUUAGCCAAGGUGGAGCAAGUGAUGAUCCAGACUGCAGACAACGUCCUUGACACCAAGCGAAGAAUCGAGUACGGUGUUCAUCAGAUUCUCCUGGAAAUCGGUGAUCUUGUGAAGCUCCAGAUGAAGGACCUCAACGCCACAGUACACAAACGCUUUGACAACAUCUCGUUGACCAUACUGGACAAUCAGAACGGAGGUCUCACCAACCUCAGCUCCAAGAUAGAGUACGAGAUCAGUCAAGUUUGGAGGCAGAUCGGCAUCAUGUAUCAGCAGUUGACAGCUUCAGCAGGAGCAUUGGACAGGCUUCAGCAGCAGACUGAUGCUUAUGUCAAUGGCAGUCUGCAGACCAUGGAUAGUAUGGAGGGAAAGGUUGGGCAGAUCACAGGCCGUAUGAGUGAAGUGGACGACAACCUGAACUACUUGUUGGGUCGUUUGUCUCUGGUUACACAAGAGUUCAACCAGAUAAAGAGCGGACUUGGUCAAGCACUGGACUCGAUUAAAAGUAGCUUCAAAAGUGUUCAGGAACAGAUCAAAGACGUAGGACCAGGACCUAAUCCAAUACCUUCGGAGGAAACGAUCAGUGACGUAGACAACCAAGUAUAACGACAAAACAGCUCAAGAUCAACGAAUCUGUAUCCAAAUAAACAUUGACUACAAUGGCGUGAAUUGAGAAUAGUUCAAGAAAGCCUUCGGAUUGAUUGAAUUAUUUUUGAAUCGGGAAAAUUCUUAGAAGAUGUUGGGUUUUUUUAAGCAAAGCUCCACUUACAAUAUGUGUUCUGUUUAGUGAGCUUACAGGAUUUUAAGCGAUUUAAAGGGGGUAGGUAAGUUUUAAAACCGAACUGCCUUGUUGCUUCCAGCUGUUUAGAUAUUGAUGGUUGUAUAGUGGUUGCAUUCUUUUGACCAAAAUCUUAUGUUUCGUCUUUUGGAUGGAUGUUUUAAAUUUGAUUCUUUCCACACCUAACAAUAUUGAAUCAUAUGGAUUUAACUGGAGGUUUUGUACAAUGAUAUAAAUUAAUUGAUUUGAAAUAUAUAUAUACUUAACUGUUAUGAGGUAAUCCAAUUAAGGAGACUGUGAAACGAUUCAAAUACAUCCUAGUGUACCAAAACUGACAGUUUACUGUUUGAUUGUACAUUUUAGAUGACAACCAUAUAAAAUCAAACAACGCUCAUAAACUAUUUAAAAUGUGGUUAGAUAAUAUAGCGUUAAGAAAUAGUACUAUGAUCGUUUUACAACAUUGUAUAAAAAACAACAUUUUUAAAAGUGCUAUUUUAAGAAUAAAUGUGUGAUUAUAUUAGAGAUAUUAAAGGUAUUAAAAUUACUUCGGAAAAGAAUAAUAUAAUAAAAAUAUAUGAUGACAAAUGUUCAUUUUGUAAAAUAAAACUUGUAUCAAUUAUUAUUUGUGUAGCCUAUAAUGACAGGAAUACAUAUCUAGUACAUUAAUUUAGAACUAAACCCCAAUAAUAAUCUACACUAACUAAUAUCUAAUAUGAAUGAGACUUAUUUUAUGUUACAUUUGUAAAUAUUUACAAUGUAUUAGCUUUACGUUAUAGCUUUAGACUAGUAGUUGUUAGAAAUAUUUUUACGUGUUUUGAUUUGUUUAUGAAGUUAAAAACUGAUUUCUAUGAUUUUAAAAUAAUGAGAGGCCACGUACCAUUAAGCGAUCCAGCCGUAUUAUGAAUAUAUUUUUUUACUGUAAUUAUUUUUUUUAUAAUUCACAAAAUUGUAAUAGGGUUUCCAUAUAAUAAUAUCGCAAGGAAAUAUAUAGGGUUUUGAAAAAAGGUCAAGCCGAAACAAUUUUUUAGGGAGGAAAUAUACAAUACAAAUUGAUAACAUGAUAAUGAGGGUUUGUGUAUUGAAAUUAAAAUAGUAUUUGACACCAAGCGAGCAUUAUUGCUGUUUUGUUAUGUUUGUUAUGGUUCAACCAUGACUAAUACUACUUAAAAUGUAAUGAUUGCAUACAUCGUAUUCCAAUUUGAGUUGUCUGGACUAUCUGUUUUCUAACUUUUAAAAAUAUUCAUAAAUUGUUGGUACAAAAUCUUUUGUUUCUAUUACUGCAUCAUACAAUGCUGAUUUCAUCCUAUUUUACUUAGGCGAAUUAUACUUCUACUAUCCUAAAUCGACUUGAUUUAAACACAAUCGUUACCUAGUAUUACUAUGAAAUGGAAAAGGUAAUGCCUUAAAAAUUAUUGUUUUCGAGUCAAAAACGAAAGCCGAGGAAAUCAAAAUGAAAUUAGACUAGGGAUAUAUUUACGCUAGCUCAGUUUUUAGAAUGUAUUUUUUGGUAAUAAAUAUUUUAUACAAUGAAAA